CAUAUACAAUUGCGACGAGUCGAUUCUCAUCUAAAUCCAUUAUUUGGAAUCGACGACUUGGAAGUUAAAUAGAACUUAUCCAAAUCCUUUCAAUCGUCGCUUCUUUCUCCAAUAUUCAUCCCUUUUUCCAAUAUGCGAUCGUCGUCGUAAUUGUAUGCUUCCAUCGCGCAGACUUCCAUCCUCUAUUCACCCUCUGCUCUGCAGCCAAAGGAUGGCGUCCGACCGCGGCUAUACCAUCACCGGUCUCAAGAGAUGGUCUAUCCUCGACAAGAAACUGCCUUCUAUCGACAAGAUUAAUGCCAUUCAUGUUUACGACUUCGACAACACCUUGUUCCAGACCCCCCUGCCCAACCCGAAACUAUGGAACAAUGCGACGCUCGGUCAGCUAGGUUCCCCCGACAUAUUCGUCAACGGCGGUUGGUGGCACGACUCGAGAAUUCUAUCCGCGACCGGCGAGGGCGUAGAACAAGAAGAGAAGCGCGCCUGGAAUGGUUGGUGGAAUGAGAAGAUCGUAGAGUUGGUCCGACUUAGCAUGGAACAGAACGAUGCCCUCUGUGUUCUGUUGACAGGACGCUCCGAACAAGGUUUCUCCCAACUCAUCAAGCGAAUCGUCGCCAGCAAAGGGUUAGAGUUCGAUAUGAUCGGGCUCAAACCGGCUGUCGGUCCUAAUAACGAGAAAUUCCUAAGCACUAUGAACUUCAAGCAAACUUUCCUUCGAGUAUUGAUGGGAACGUACGCACACGCUAAGGAUAUACGCAUUUACGAAGAUCGCCCGAAACAUGUCGAGGGAUUUCGAGAUUUCCUGGACGAUUUCAACAAGGAAUUAGUUGGCCGUAGACGAAACCCCAUUGUUGCCGAUGUCAUACAAGUUGCGGAACUCUCCACUACUCUGGAUCCUGUUGUCGAGGUAGCUGAAGUACAACAUCUGAUCAACAUUCACAACUCCCUAGUCAAGGGACGGAAUGGAGGUCCGCGAAAUAAACGUCUAUCCAUCAAGAAGAGUGUCUUCUUCACUAGCUACAUGGUCGAAACCGCCGACACAAAGCGACUCAUCGCACUUUUGAAUUCGAUGGCGUCGGGGAUUGAUGAUCUAAAGUUUCUUGCUAAUACCAUACUUAUCACGCCCCGUCAAUGCCCGAAGCACAUCCUAGAUAGGAUAGGAGGAAUGCGGUCCAAGAUGAAGUGGGAGGUAACCGAUAUUGGUGAAUACCAAACUAACCUCUGGGCGGCACGUGUUAGACCCGUGCCUGCCGAUGCGAUGUACCAUACCGAUAACCCGUCGCCGUCUGUCGUGCUAGGACAGAGGAGAGGCGCUCGCCCACCGGAUGUUAAUAAGAUCCAGUACUGGCAGCCAAUUCCUCCUGAGAAGCAAUUUAUUAUCGAUACGACGGUAGGCGAAAAGGCGAUAUUGCGAAUCGAGCGCGAGGACCAAGAUGGUGAUCAAUAUGAUGACCACCAGGAGCGGUCGUACUCCCAUAGGGGCUCCAAGCGCAAGUUCCCCAGUGAUGAGGAUCGACCCUCGCGCCAGAAUAGCGGCAACUACGGCAAUAGCCCCCGCGAGUAUCACACUUCAUCUUACCAGGGACGAGGCGGAGGUGAUAAUCGUGGUCGGGGCGGCUACAGAGGCGGCAAUAAUUCUAGGGGUAACCGCGGUGGCGGCAGAGGCGGUUUUAAGGGUUCGGGAAGAGGUGGUAAGGGCGGUGGUCAUGGGUACAGAUCCCUAGACGACGUUGACACACGAGACAACUCUCAAGGGGGGUAUGGCUCAUCGACGGUCUCUUAUGAUGAUACUUUCCCGUCUUUACCAUCUGGUGGCGGUAUGCAAUCUCAGCAACCUCUUCCGCCGAUCCCCCCACCUCCUCAGUUCGGCCAACCAUUCCCGCAGCCUGGUCAAUGGCCGGCUCCGGGUGGUGCCUCGGGUCAAUCGCGACCUGUUGGCGGUCCUGGACCGGAUUUACAGAAUUUCUAUUAAGCAUCUGGAACGGUUACAUGAUACGACCGACAGUGUACAAGUAUGGUUUUAAGGACGUCUUGAAGGUCAGGCUUUUAAAAUUGAGUCAUGGAGCAUUGUAUCAAGGUCGGCUUGGAGUUUCAGAAAUAACGUUCAACCAAAAAUGGUAGAAUGAUAUAAGGCCCAGGUUUACAAGCAGGCAGUCAUAAUCAAAGGGCAGGCAUUUCUUUCACGGACAGGUCUUUUUUUACAUAUACUACUAGCAUACCCCCUCGAGUUUCAUUUUUUACGGGAGAUUUGGUACUGAAGUCAGCAGCUAGGUUAGGCGUUUGGCAGAUUACUUCCUCCCUAAAAAGUAGGUGUGAAACAUGCAGGCUGGUAAUUAGGUCUAGGUAGUUAGGACGAAGGGAGCAUCGCGAAUGCGAACGCAAAAUAAAAGGCAUUAUUUCUUGGUACGAGU